GCUUACAAUUGUUGUUGAUUACAUAGCCUUAUUGAACUUAAAUUUAAGUUUUAUUACGUGAUAUGUAAUUAUUUUAAUGAACAGAAUAAAUAAGUUCGUAAAUGUGGAUACAGUGUAAGGAGUUGGCAAAUUAUCGAAAAUGGACCUUCCAAACGAGUUCGACGUAGUUGUUUUGGGCACAGGCAUGCCUGAGAGCAUUGUUGCUGCAGCAUUCUCCAGAAUUGGACAGAGAGUUCUUCAUUUGGAUAAAAAUGAUCACUACAGCGGAGACUGGGCCUCCUUUAACCUGAAGAGUCUAGAGGAAUGGGCAGAGAGACAUGCUGAGGGGUCAGCAAGCGUAGACUGCAUUGCACGACCAGCUGUGAAUGAUUCUGAGAUCCUAGAAAGCAAUGAACGUCUCAUUGAGAUGCCCUUGAACAAAACCUCCUUCUCCAAUGCUGUUGUAGAAUAUUUUGUCAGUGGCACAGAUGAAAAUAAUGAAAAGAUUGACGAAAAUCAACAAGAGGCUGGCAAGGAAACGCCUGACAUUCCUGAAAAUUUAGAGGCAAGGGUUGUUAAACCUGUAGAAAGUGAAGACCAUGGAAAAACUGAACAAUCAACACAUAAAGAUGAAUUAACACCCUCACAUAUUGAAAGCCAUCCAGGCCAGUCUAAACCAGAUGAUGUCACUGAGGUUAGUGAUAGACUUGCAGCAGUAGGAGUGGCCGUAAAGGAAGCAACGGAGAAUGGAGACGCCUCUAAUGCCACUUUGGGGAAAGCAGAUAAGCCUCAGAGUUCUGAAACUAUUGGUGGUGUUCAGCAAGAAAUAAAGGCUAGACUGUGGACAACAAGUAGAAUUAAAUCAGAAUGGAGAAGAUUUAACCUGGACCUUUCCCCAAAGGUUCUGUUCUCAGUAGGUGAUAUGGUUGAGCUACUGAUCCAGUCCGACAUUGCAAAGUACUGCGAAUUUAAAACAGUCACACAGAUACUCACUGUCAUGAAAGGAACUGUAGAGAAGGUGCCAUGCUCCAGAUCGGAUGUGUUUAGUAGCCAGUCUGUCAGUAUGCUGGAGAAACGGAUGCUUAUGAAGUUCAUACAGUUCUGUCUAGACUAUGAGAACAAAAUGGAGGAACUGGGAGACGUUCUAGAUGCACCAUUCACUGAUUUCUUGGCUUCAAGAAAUUUGACACCAACAAUCCAGCACUAUGUUCAACAUGCCAUUGCCAUGGCUACUGAAUCCAUGGCAACCAGACAGGGUCUGCUGCAGAUGAAGAAGUUCCUGAAGAGUCUUGGUCGCUAUGGUAACACUCCAUUUCUGUGGUCACUGUACGGCAGUGGAGAAAUGCCUCAGAGCUUCUGCAGGAUGUGCGCUGUGUUUGGUGGAGUGUAUUGUCUGCGGACCACAGCAUCUGCCAUCACUGUGGAUGAGACCAAUAGAUGCACUGGGAUUGUGACUACAGAAGGAAAGAAGAUAAAGUGCAAGUGGCUCAUAAUGUCAUCAAGUUAUGCUCCAGACCAGUUUCUGUCUAUAUCUGGAGACAAAAGGCUUGUAUCUGUAUCCCGUGGAGUGCUGUUGACAGAAAAAUCAUUGCUAACUACUGGCCAACAAGAGCAGCUGUCUAUGAUGUGUCUACCCUGCCCAGACGAUGGAGACAGACCUAUUAAUGUCCUAGAAUUGCCUCCGUCGAGCAUGGCUGCACCACCUGGACUGUAUGUCUACCACUUAACCCGGAUGGGCAAAAAAUCUGUCAGUCCCAAGGAUGAUUUGCAGUAUGCAGUCGAUACUCUAUUUAGCAAAGAUUGCAAUGAGACUAAGCCAAGGAUCCUGUGGUCAUUGUUCUUCACCCAGACAGACAUGUCACAAGUGUCGCCCAGUGCGUGUGUACCGGAGAAUGUGUUCUUGAUGUCUGGGCCUGGAGCCGAGAUUGAUAUCGACAGACCCGUCAGUGAGGCCAGAGAAGUCUUCAAAAAAAUUCUUCCUAAUGAAGAGUUUUUGCCAAAAGCUCCCAACCCAGAAGACAUUAUUUAUAUAGAUGACUCUGAGGCACAAGCUGCAUCUUCUAACAGCCAAUCGGAAUUUGAAGAAACAAGCAACGGCCAAUCAGAACCAAGCCUGAUCGAAGAUAGAGAAGAAUCUGAGAACCAGGCAAAUGAUCGUCUAGUUGAAGAGCCUACAAAUGAAAGUGUAAAAGUGGAUAGUGAACAAGCAUGAGAUGUUUAUAAAAUGUGCUUAAAAUUCUGACCAUUGACACCCGUUAUACCUAUUUCUACCAAUACUCCUCAAGUUUGGACUGGUAUUCCAUACUUUAUUACCUUUCAGUGUAUAUUCCAGUAUGCUAUUAAUUUAUUUAUUUAUAAUAAUGUAGAUUUAACCUGUAACUAGUUACUUGUGAACUUUAUUUUGGAGCCUUCAUUACAAGAAUGGAAACUAAGAAUUAUAUUAAUAAUAAGACAAUUUCAAAAC